CGGGAGAGGCCGAGCGCGAGCGGCGGAGCAGCAGGCCCGAGCCGACCGUGCCGGGACCCGACGCCGCCCGGAGAAGAUGAAUUUACAACUGGUUUUCUGGAUUGGACUGAUCAGUUCAAUUUGCUGCGUGUUUGGUCAAACAGAUAAAAAUAGAUGUCUGAAAGCAAAUGCCAAAUCAUGUGGAGAAUGUAUACAAGCUGGGCCAAAUUGUGGGUGGUGCACAAAUUCAACAUUUUUACAAGAAGGAAUGCCUACUUCUGCACGAUGUGAUGAUUUAGAAGCCUUAAAAAAGAAGGGUUGCCAUCCAGAUGACAUAGAAAAUCCCAGAGGCUCCAAAACUAUAAAGAAAAAUAAAAAUGUAACGAACCGGAGCAAAGGAACAGCAGAGAAGCUCCAGCCAGAAGAUAUUACUCAGAUCCAGCCACAGCAGUUGGUUUUGCAAUUGCGAUCAGGAGAGCCACAGAUGUUUACAUUAAAAUUCAAGAGAGCUGAAGACUAUCCCAUUGAUCUUUAUUACCUCAUGGACCUCUCUUACUCAAUGAAAGAUGAUUUGGAGAAUGUAAAAAGUCUUGGAACAGAUCUGAUGAAUGAAAUGAGGAGGAUUACUUCAGACUUCCGAAUUGGAUUUGGCUCAUUUGUGGAGAAAACUGUGAUGCCUUACAUUAGUACAACACCAGCGAAGCUCAGGAACCCUUGCACAAGUGAACAGAACUGUACCAGUCCAUUUAGCUACAAAAAUGUACUCAGUCUUACUGAUAAAGGGGAAAUAUUUAACGAACUUGUGGGUAAACAGCGUAUAUCUGGAAAUUUGGAUUCUCCAGAAGGUGGUUUUGAUGCAAUCAUGCAAGUUGCAGUUUGUGGAUCAUCAAUUGGCUGGAGGAAUGUUACACGGCUACUGGUAUUUUCCACGGAUGCUGGAUUUCACUUUGCUGGAGAUGGGAAACUUGGUGGCAUUGUUUUACCAAAUGAUGGACAAUGUCACCUAGAAAAUAAUGUGUACACAAUGAGCCAUUAUUAUGAUUAUCCCUCUAUUGCUCACCUUGUCCAGAAACUCAGUGAAAAUAAUAUUCAGACGAUUUUUGCAGUGACUGAAGAAUUUCAGCCCGUUUACAAGGAACUGAAAAAUUUGAUCCCUAAGUCAGCAGUUGGGACAUUGUCUGCAAAUUCUAGCAAUGUGAUACAGUUGAUCAUUGAUGCUUACAAUUCCCUUUCCUCAGAAGUCAUUUUGGAAAACAGCAAGUUGCCAGAAGGAGUAACAAUAAAUUACAAAUCCUAUUGCAAGAACGGAGUGAAUGGAACUGGGGAAAAUGGGCGAAAAUGUUCUAAUAUUUCCAUUGGAGAUGAGGUUCAAUUUGAAAUUAGCAUAACUGCAAAUAAAUGUCCAAAUAAGAAAUCUGAGACCAUUAAAAUUAAGCCUCUGGGCUUCACUGAGGAAGUGGAGAUUAUUCUUGAGUUCAUCUGUAAAUGUGAAUGCCAAAGUGAAGGCAUCCCUGAAAGUCCAAAGUGUCAUGAAGGAAAUGGAACAUUUGAGUGUGGAGCUUGUAGGUGCAACGAGGGACGUGUUGGUAGACAUUGUGAAUGUAGUACAGAUGAAGUUAACAGUGAGGACAUGGAUGCAUACUGCAGGAAAGAAAACAGUUCAGAAAUCUGUAGUAACAAUGGAGAGUGCGUCUGUGGACAGUGUGUUUGUAGGAAGAGGGAUAAUACAAAUGAAAUUUAUUCUGGCAAAUUCUGCGAGUGUGAUAAUUUCAACUGUGAUAGAUCCAAUGGCUUAAUUUGUGGAGGCAAUGGUGUUUGCAGGUGUCGUGUGUGUGAAUGCUACCCCAACUACACUGGCAGUGCGUGUGACUGUUCUUUGGAUACUGCGCCAUGUAUGGCCGUAAAUGGACAGAUCUGCAAUGGCCGGGGCAUCUGUGAGUGUGGUGUCUGUAAAUGUACAGAUCCAAAGUUUCAAGGGCAAACUUGUGAGACAUGUCAGACCUGCCUUGGCGUCUGUGCUGAGCAUAAAGAAUGUGUUCAGUGCAGAGCAUUCAACAAAGGAGAAAAGAAAGACAGAUGUGCACAAGAAUGUUCACAUUUCAACCUGACCAAGGUAGAAAGUCGGGACAAAUUACCCCAGCCAGUACAGGUUGAUCCCCUGUCCCACUGUAAGGAGAAGGAUGUUGAUGACUGCUGGUUCUACUUCACAUAUUCAGUGAAUGGUAACAACGAAGCCAUUGUUCAUGUUGUGGAGACUCCAGACUGUCCCACUGGUCCAGACAUCAUUCCAAUUGUAGCUGGUGUGGUUGCUGGAAUUGUUCUCAUUGGCCUUGCAUUACUGCUGAUUUGGAAGCUUUUAAUGAUAAUUCAUGACAGAAGGGAAUUUGCUAAAUUCGAAAAGGAGAAAAUGAAUGCCAAGUGGGACACGGGUGAAAAUCCUAUUUAUAAGAGUGCCGUGACAACUGUGGUCAAUCCAAAAUACGAGGGAAAAUGAGUAUUACCUGUGCAAAUUUCACAACACUGAAUACAAAGUAGCAAUUUUCAUAGUCACAGUAAGGUAGCUUUAGGGCACUAUUGCCAUGGUUUUAUUCAUGUGCAGGUUUUGAAAAUGUACAAUAUGUAUAAUUUUAAUUUUUUUAUUAUUUUUAAAAUAAUGUUAUAAUCCAUGCCAGGGACUGACAAAACACUUGAGACAGGAUCAGUAUCCUUGUCAGCUAAGGUCACAUUGUGCCUUUUUUGACCUUUUCUUCCUGGACUAUUGAAAUCAAGCUCUCAUUGGAUUAAGCGAUAUUCCUGGGGUGAUUGAAAGGGCAUAAAGUAAGGAGCAUGAUUAGAAUUUUUGUUAAUCACGUAUUAAAACUGAUAUUUAGCUUUAUAGAUAUGUCAGUUUUCAGUUAUACAGAAUCCAAAGGAAAUGUCCUGCUAGCUAGUUUAGGAUUGUUUUUAAAUCUUAUUUUGCUGUUUGCCUGUUAGACAUGACUGAUGACAUAUCUGAAAGACAAGUAUGUUGAGAGUUUCUGGUGUGAAACAGUUUUGAACAGUUGAUCUCCAAAGGCCAUGGGGAAAAUUCAGAGUUAGGAAGGAAAAACAAAUAGCUUUAAAACCUGUGUGCCAUUUUAAGAGUUACUUAAUCUUGGUAACUUUUAUGCCUUUAUAAAUUCAAGCCUUCUAUAAAAGUGCUGGGAAAUUUUCUGCUGAAGAGGCCUUGAUUUAGCACUAUUUACUUAAAGGCCAUGAUUUACAUAGUAUAUGCUGAAUGGGGACCUUUUGGAUUGAGUUUAUUUUAUUUUGUUAUUUUUAUUUUGUUUAAUUCCUGGUGCUUUUUAUCACCUCUUCUAAUCUUUUAGUGUAUUUGUUUGCAAUUUGGGGGUAAAACUUUUUUUUUUUUUAAUCAAUACGUUUUCUUUAAAGUUUUAGCUGUAAAUUUGCCUUUUUCAUGAUUGUGUGAUGUUGUACUGUGGUUUUCGCGACAGCAGUCACUUUGAACAAGUCUUACUUUCGGUUGGUGUCCUAACAGACCACUGUGUAUUUACUUCUCACUGCUUGCAUUGCUCCUCUUUGUUUCAUACUAGUCACAUUCUUGUUUUAAGUGCCUUUUAAUUUUAACAGUUCACUUUUUACAAUGCUAUUUACUGAAGUUAUUUAUUAAAUAAAAAUGCCUAAAAUACUUAAAUUGUA